AUGCUUCCCUCGUCACUCAAGAGUAUCUAUCGCCAGUACAAGGCCGACACCGACUCUGUGGCCACAUGGUUGGCGACUACUGCAAAGGCUAAUGGAUAUGUUGAUGACACCGGCAAUGCACUAGUUGCUGCUGGGGGCAAGAAGAAAAAGAAGAAGAAGAAGAAGACCAACGCCGAUUCGGCACCCAAGCCUAGAUAUGUCCUGAGGAUCAAAGACUUUGAGCCCAUGGCGAGAUUCAUCGCCAAGCUCGAGUCCAUCAACAUUCCCGAAGAUUUUGCUAUUGCUCUUGAACGAGUCAUUUGGGUUCGCAAGACAUUUGUCGACUUGCUUGCCGAUAAUGGCAUCCCUACAAGGGGCGAUAUAGACGCAACUCAUUCGUACUUUGCCGAUGUGCUCGAAAGUGUUGGCAGGUGUCUGCAGCCUCUCGUGAAAGCGCCAGCUUUCAAGGCUCCUGAACCAAAAGUUCUUGAACGCUCCAGAGACUGCUGCUCCCAAGCCUACGCCCGACGUGGAGUCAGGUCACUGUGGAAGCGACACCUUGAGGGGUCUCUUGAUCUCGCUGCUGCAGCUGUCGCCACAAACACGGCGUUUGAGCUCGCUCGCAGCAUGGAGGAGGAAGUGAAGCCACUACUUAACAAGCACGACGGUGUGGAUCAGCUCAUCACGGUGUACUUUCAGAGAAUCUGCGAAGCGUGUGGUGUUGACGUGGAGUAUAAGGGUCAAAACGAUCCUUACAACUUGGUGGCGUACGAUUUGGCCAAGGCUUGCUUCGCAAACGGUUUGAGCAUGCUCAGAGACUAUGCGGUCGAAAACGCUGGUGAUAACAUCAUCAGCAAGUAUAACGGCAAGUGGGGAUGGUAUGAUGAGGCCCUUGCGGGAGAUGCCUGGACAAACCGCGGAAAGUGGGAUCAGGACUUUUUAGCGUUCAACGGCGUCAUCACAGAGCUGCAGUUCCUGGCUUCUAACAUGGGACAGGGAGCGAGGAUCGAAGACGAAUUCAUCCGUGGUGUGGGAGCGCUGAUGAACAGCACCGAACAAGGCGGCCAGCCUGAUAUGAAUCUCUGGCUGUCCUUCGCCUUGCAAACAUACAUCGAGGUGCUGCAGUCUUUCGGGAAGAACUGCGGUGAUGCAUAUGAACAGAUGCAGCAGGAAUGCCGCAGGAUCAAAAAGGCCAUGCUCAACGUCCCUCGCAUGUCAAAAGACCGCGACAACGUCCUCAACUCGGUCACCAAAUGGGACAAGGACCCGAUCUGGCAUUGUCGUCACAAGAUGAUCAGGCUAGGCAUCAUGCCUAGACCCAACCCUCCUCAGUUCCUGUUCCUGCGUCGAAACCCAAUCCACUGCGGUCUCCUCCUCCACGAGAUACGCACCACUUUCCACAUCUCGGGCGUGCGGUAUGCGGCGCACAGUGGAGGGUUGAUGGCGAUUACACAGCUGUAUCACGCUCUUCACAAUGAGAAGCUACUUCCGGAAGAGGUCGUGUGGGAAGAUCUCGACGAGUUUUGGAAGAGACAAGGUAACUCGGCCUUUUUUGUUGGUGAUCCUCCUACGGACCGUGAGGGCUACUUUAGGAACUACUGUCUCAGCAUUGGCCUGUCGGCUAGCAACUGGGCGCCUACCAAGAGACAGGGCAAGGUCAAUGUCAACACCGCAAACCGACGCAACCUCAAGUUCAACGGAUGGGUGUCUCUGACAAUGAAGAACCGGCUUGUCCCUACUGGAGACCGUACCGCUUUGUCGCCCGACGUGAUUGAGGGGAUCUUGCUUGACGGUCGCCGACAUGAGAUUAUGGACGGCAAGGGACAUGUCCGACCAGAGCUCAAAGAAAAGACUGACGAUGACAAGGUCGAUUUCAUCAACCUCUCGCCAGCCAGCCUCAUCGAGAAGCUGGCCUUGGAUGUGCACGACGAUGUACCCAAGAUCACAUUUGACCUCUUUACCCUCCACAACGCAGCCUGGGACCUCCUAACCAAGCUCAAGGGCGAGUUCACCAAGGUCAUGGGCACUGAAUUCCUCAGAUACGUCCCAAGAGAAGAACUCCUUCCAUUCGUAGUAGGCUACGUCUUUUCCACCGCCGCAGGACGCCAAGACAUUGAGACAAAGACCGAAUCGGUGGACAUUCUUAUAAAUGCCGCCGGAAGGUUUGUCAAAGGAUUCCUGGAAAAAGGAAAGGGAACGGUUGUGAAGGAGGGUAGCAAGGCGAUUGUCAAGCCUCAAGAGGUGGCUAAUAUACAGUUCAAUGCGACUGAGCCUUGGGGGCUGGACCAUCUCAUGGCGGAACUUCAGAGGGAGGCCGGGAGGAGGGGUGGAGGUCGUGGAGGGGGAGAACAGUGUCCUACGCAGUGA